AUGGAAAUCAAACAGGCGAUCGAUUCGUGCCCUUCUUACUCAGCCCCGGGACCAGAUGGCUUCCCAGCGGCUUUUUACAAGAAAUUCUGGCACCUCAUUGGUCCAGAAACGUGUGAAUUUAUUCGCACUAUCUUCGCGAAUGGGCGCUUCACGUCUAGCCUCGGCUUCUCGUAUCUUUUCCUGAUUCCGAAGAUUGCCACGCCGCUUACUAUUAAAGAUUACAGACCUAUCAGCCUUUGCAACAUCGUCUACAAGUUCGUGACUAAGGUUAUUCUUUAUCGGCUGAGACCAAUCUUAUUCGAAUGCAUAGGUUUGGAGCAAUCUGCUUUUCUUCCCGGUAGAGGAACUUCCAACAAUGCCAUCGUUCUCCAUGAGGUUCUUCACAAAUUUAACCAACGACAGCGGGGAUGUGAGUUCGCCAUCAAAAUUGACUUAGACAAGGCUUACGACCGGGUGAAGUGGAAAUUCCUUCGUGACUCGUUAACACAACUGGGAUUGGACGCACCCUCAGUCACUCUUAUCAUGGAGUGUGUGACAUCCGCUCAUUUCGCGAUUCUUUGGAAUGGCCGGCCGUCUUUGGACAUUUACCCUUCCCGAGGUCUUCGCCAAGGGGAUCCGAUUUCUCCUUACUUGUUCGUCAUCAUAAUGGACCGACAAACUAGAACCAUCAACCGAGAGGUCAGUACGCGUAAUUGGGAUCCCAUUGUGUUGUCUCGGGGAGGCCCGAUGCUUAGCCAUCUAUUAUUCGCUGAUGAUGUAUUGAUUAUGGCCCAAGCUAAUGUCGCUACGGCCAAAACUGUUAAUAAAGUUCUUCAUGCUUUUGUGGAGGAAGUGGGCCUUGCGAUUAACUUGAGUAAGUCCAAAAUCAUUUUUUCAGCGUCGACCCCAGUAGCAAAGCGCAAUCGGAUAUGCCAUCAACUCUUUAUUCCAACGACGGAUGCUUUUGAUAAAUAUUUGGGCUUUCCCAUCAUUGCUGGGAGGCGUAAGGUUUCUCAUUUUGAAUUCAUCAUAGAGCGCAUCUCUCGGAGGCUUCCCCCGUGGGGUUACGAGGGGAUCAAAAGGUCCAAGUCCCAGUCCUCUUCUGUCUGGACAACAUUGUGGAGAUGCUUUUCCAUCAUUGCGAAUGGUUUCACCUACAGGCUGUGUAACGGGGAGACCAAUUUCUGGGAGGGAAUUUAUCUUCAAGGCAAACCCAUCAAAUGUCUUGUUGACUAUGUUCAUAUAUCGGACUCAGACAAAUCAUGUCGUCAGUUGAUCGUUAAUGGACGGUUUGAUCUUCAGUCGUUGCACACGUCCUUCCCAGAUCAUAUUAUCAAGGCCCUGACGGAUGCUAGGAAUAUUUAUCUUCAUCCUUCUGUGCCUGAUAGGUGGUGUUGGUCGGUUGGUAGUAGUGGUAAAUAUUCAGUGGCUUCUUGCUACGACUGGCUGCUAAAACAGGGCGCUAACACGAAGACGACGUGGAAAAAGAUUUGGAGGCUAGACGUUCCAGAGAAAAUUAAUUUUUUCUGUUGGCUUAUUGGGCAUCGGUCGCUACCUACGAAGGAGUUGCGUCACCGACGACAUCUAGAUUCUACGGGGGCUUGUACGAUUUGCGGGGAUGGAACGGAGACUUGGGUGCACAUGUUUUUUGAGUGCCCGUGGACUACUCAGGUUUGGGCCGGGCUAAUUCAUUACGGUUUUCCUUAUCGGCUGACCCAUACAAUCCCCUUGAUAGCCAAGCUCUUGAUUUCAUCGUUCAUGCGCCGGCGGGGUUGCAGUUUGCCCUUUGUUUUAUGUGGGUGGAACGCAAUAACAGGGUUUUUGGUAAGCCAUCUAAAUGUCCUUACGCUGUUGUCAGGGAUAUCUAUCCUUCUUCCAAUGGUGGCGGGAGACAAGGUGGCGGGCGGACAUGCUCAUGGAUGGGGCUAG